AUAUAUUACUGUGCUAUUACGGUAUACCACAACGUUGAUAACAAAGAUUCAAAGAAGGAUUGAUAUUUGUUAUCUAUCAAAGGAAGCCAUUUUGGAAUAACGUGGCCCCAACAAUGUUGCCAUUUGUAGCUAGAAGUAGUUCUAGGAGCGAAAUAAACCACUUCGCCUCAGUUCCCAGCAGCCUCUUACCAGCAUUUGGCACCAACUUUGAUGAAGGGUAUUUGAACCUUAGAAAAUAUGUAAUAGCUCCGUAUAACCGAAGAUAUCGGUUGUGGCAAACGUUCUUAGUUGCAUUGGUGGUUUACUCUGCAUGGGCAUCUCCAUUCGAGCUAGCCUUCAGAGAACUGUCAAUUGGGUCGCUGGUGCCAGUUGAUAUCAUUGUGGAUGGCUUCUUUGCCAUUGAUAUUAUCCUUACUUUCUUUGUGGCUUAUUUGGAUAGAUCAACUUAUCUCCUCGUUGAUGACCAUAAGAAGAUUGCUAUAAGAUAUAUUAAAAUGUUACACUUCCCAAUGGAUCUAGCAUCCACUCUCCCUUUCGACCAGAUAUACCAAAUUCUGACAGGCAAACGACACGGGCCCGAGAUCUUUGGUUUCCUAAAUAUGCUUAGACUAUGGCGACUGAGACAUGUUAGCGAAUUCUUCUCAAGGCUAGAGAAAGACAUACGAAUUAGCUACACUGCAACAAGAUUUUGUAAACUUAUAUGUGUUACGCUAUUUGCAGUUCACUUCGCAGGCUGCAUGUAUUUUUGGUUGGCUUUCCAUCACAAAACACCCGAAAAUACAUGGCUCCACAAGGAACUACCGGAUUUUAAAUAUAGGAGUGUCUGGUUGUGUUACAUCUAUUCCAUGUACUGGUCUAUAACAACUCUUACCACUGUUGGCUAUGGAGAUCUGUAUGCAGUGAAUACAGAGGAGAAGGUUUACAGUAGUUUAUUUAUGCUGUUCAACAUAGGCCUCACGGCAUAUAUAAUCGGAAACAUGACUAAUCUGGCAGUUCAUAACACCGUCCGAACCUUUGCAAUGAGGGAUGCCUUUAACAGAGUGUUACGAUAUGCAAGCAAAAGUAGACUCCCAAAACGUUUGAAAGAACAAAUGUUGGCGCAUAAAGAAUUGAAACUUAAGAUGGAAGAGUCACAGCAACAAGAAGUGCUACAGGACAUCCCUAAAGCAAUUAGAUCCAGUAUUGCUCAACAUCUUUUCAGCAAUGUAGUUGAUAAAGCAUAUUUAUUUAAAGGAGUCUCUGAUGAGUGUAUCAUUCAGCUGGCGUCAGACAUGAAAGCAGAAUACUACCUACCUAAGGUUGACAUUAUCUUGCAAAAUGAGAUGCCAAUAUAUUUCUACAUUCUGGUAUAUGGAUCACUGGUAAGGACAUCUGUAUAUCUUUCUCAAAUCCUACCCUUACACCAGGCUUUCAUAGACGAGCUCAUAGAAAAAUUUUUUUUCCAGCUUUUGUUUGAAUUAGAACCUGGAGGCAUGGCUGGAGAAAUCGGCGGGAUGUUUAAUAUUCCACAACCUUUUACAGUUAGAACUAGGAGGCUCUCCCAGGUCAUACGAAUCAACCAACAUCAGUUCAAGCAGAUGAUGCAACCAUUUAAUAAUGAUGGGAAACAAAUCAUCAACAACUUCAUUAAGUACUUGAGGGAACAAAGAGGCAGCGUGCUAGAAGAAAUACCAUACUUAUCAGAAUUACUAGGAGACCUGUAUCUCGAGGUAUAUCUUUUACUACUGAAUAUCAACAAGCUAAUGCAAAGCAUCCGAUGUUACCAUAUAACACAAAAUGGGGACUCACACGAUGAAGUUUCAAGAUAUCACGAUGAUGGACCAUGUAAAGAAGGAACUUUGCAAAAUCAUUUAGCUAAAAACGAGCAUUCAGGAUUCUGUAAAACUGAUCCAGGGAAACAUUUAUGUGCAUGUUCAUGUUUUGUGAAACAGAAAGAAAUAUUGGAUUAUGGAAGGACUAUAAAUUCCGAUCCACGGUCAAGCCCAGCUUCCACUAGAGUAAUAAUCCAUGGUCAUCAUCCCAAUGAAAAGAAAAUGGGAAAAGGAGACACGAAAAAGCUCAUACUUCUCCCGAGCUCAAUAGAAGAGCUUUUCAGAGUAGCAGAGAAAAAGUUCGGUAAAAGAGCGAGAAAAAUUCUUAUGGCGGAUGGCUCAGAAGUAGAAGAAAUAAACGUCUUAAGAGAUCAUGACGAGUUAUACAUCUUCUAAUGAUCAAAUUCAAGACAUCUAGAUGAGGCCGUUUUGGUCUUUGUGAUAUGAUGCUGUGUUUCUAGACGGUUUAAUCAAACAAGCCCGGGAUGCACUGUAAGUAACUAUAUUAGAAAUUUACAAUGACAAAAACAGGUAUCCAUUCAAUAUCGAGGAAUUAAUUUGUUGUAUAAGCAUAGAAAAAUCCAGAGUGAUACCUUUGGCUAGAGUAUA